AUGAGGAGACUCAACUUCCUGAGAAAGCUCAGGUCUUUCAAUGUGUGCAGCAAGUUCUUGGAGAUCUUCUUCCAGUCUGUGGAGACCCUUGGACUUGGCUGUGCUCUGCUGGGGGAGCAGCUCCAGGAAAAGAAACAUGGGCCGAUCCACAAACUGAUCCAUAAAACUGCUCACGUGAUCGACUGUGAGCUGGAGACAUUUAUCACAAUUCCAGUUCUUGUUUGUGCUCUGACUUUCUGGUUGCAGUUUUGGCACAAGCGUGACAGGAGACUGAGACAGAGCUCCAGCACAUGGACACGACAGGAACCCCAGAGGAACACAGGAACCCCAGAGGAACACAAGAACCCCAGAGGAACCCCAGAGGAACCCAGAGGAACACAGGAACCCCAGAGGAACCCCAGAGGAACCCCAGAGGAACCCCAGAGGAACCCAGGAACCCCAGAGGAACCCCAGAGGAACACAGGAACCCAGAGGAACCCCAGAGGAACCCCAGAGGAACCCCAGAGGAACACAGGAACCCCAGAGGAACCCAGAGGAACCCAGAGGAACCCCAGAGGAGGAACCCCCAGAAGAACCCCAGAGGAACCCCAGAGGAACACAGGAACCCCAGAGGAACCCAGAGGAACACAAGAACCCCAGAGGAAUCCCAGAGGAAUCCCAGAGGAACACAGGAACCCCAGAGGAAUCCCAGAGGAACACAGGAACCCCAGAGGAACCCCAGAGGAAAACAGGAACCCCAGAAGAACCCCAGAGGAACCCAGAGGAACCCAGAGGAACCCAGAGGAACUCCAGAGGAAAACAGGAACCCCAGAAGGAACCCAGAGGAACCCAGAGGAACCGCCAGAGGAACCCCAGAGGAAACCCAGAGGAACCCAGAGAAAAACAGGAACCCCAGAGGAACCCCAGAAGAACACAGGAACCACUGAGGAAUCCCAGAGGAACACAGGAACCCCAGAGGAACACAGGAACCCCAGAGGAACCCCAGAGGAACACAGGAACCCAGAGGAAUCCAGAGGAACACAAGAAUCCCAGAGGAACCACAGAGGAACCCCAGAGGAACGCCAGAGGAACCCCAGAGGAACCCCAGAGGAAAACAGGAACCCAGAAGAACCCCAGAGGAACCCCAGAGGAACUCCAGAGGAACCCAGAGGAACCCCAGAGGAACACAGGAACCCCAGAGGAACCCCAGAGGAACCCCAGAGGAACACAAGAACCCCAGAGGAAUCCCAGAGGAAUCCCAGAAGAACACAGGAACCCCAGAGGAACCCCAGAGGAAUCCCAGAGGAACACAGGAACCCCAGAGGAACCACCCACAAGAACCCACAGGAACCCCAGAGGAACCCCAGGAACACACAGGAACCCCAGAGGAACCCCAGAGGAACACAAGAACCCCAGAGGAACGCAGGAACACCAGAGGAACCCCAGAGGAAAACCCAGAGGAACCCCAGAAGAACCCCAGAGGAACCCCAGAGGAACACAGGAACCCACUGA